UGCGGGCCCUCCCGUUGGCUGCAGGGCGCGUCCCCCUGCGCAAAGCGACGUCACGGCCGCUCCUGCAACCGUGAAUGAAUCCAACGGGCCGGGUGACCGCGGCCUCCCGGCACGCGAAGGCCGGACCCGGAUACCUCCGUAGACUGCGCCCCCCCGGGCUGGGUCCCAGGGACCAUGCAGAGCGCAGCGGUCUCGGCGGAGGGGGCUGUCGUCAAGGCGCUCCCGGAGAUGCUCGGUGUGCCGGUGCCACAGAUCCCCCAGUGCGCGGGCUGCAGCCAGCACAUCCUGGACAAGUUCAUCCUGAAGGUGCUGGACCGCCACUGGCACGGCUCCUGCCUCAAGUGCGCCGACUGCCAGAUGCCGCUGGCCGACCGCUGCUUCUCCAGGGCCGGGAGCGUCUACUGCAAGGAGGACUUCUUCAAGCGCUUCGGCACCAAAUGCACGGCCUGCCGGCAGGGGAUCCCCCCGACCCAGGUGGUCCGCAAGGCCCAGGACUUCGUCUACCACCUGCCCUGCUUCGCCUGCGUCAUCUGCCAGAGGCAGCUGGCCACGGGCGACGAGUUCUACCUCAUGGAGGACGGGAGGCUCGUGUGCAAGGAGGACUAUGAGACGGCCAAGCAGAACGAUGACUCGGAGGCCGGCAGCAAACGGCCGCGCACGACGAUCACGGCCAAGCAGCUGGAGACCCUGAAGAACGCGUACAAGAACUCGCCCAAGCCCGCACGCCACGUAAGGGAGCAGCUGUCCUCUGAGACGGGCCUGGACAUGAGGGUCGUGCAGGUUUGGUUCCAGAACCGGCGGGCCAAGGAGAAGCGGCUGAAGAAGGACGCGGGCCGGCACCGCUGGGGCCAGUUCUACAAGACCGUGAAGCGCAGCGGUCGCGGCGGGAAGCAGGAGCGUGAGAGCUCGGCCGAAGAAUGCGGGGUCAGCGACAGCGAGCUUAGCUUCCGCGAGGAUCAGCUUCUGUCCGAGCUCGGCCGCUCCAACAGGCUCUACAGCAAUGUGGCCGACGUGCCCGCCGGACAGUUGGUGAGCGGCGGCUUCUCCGUGGACGGGCCGGGCCAGCACUACCAGGACCUGCGUGACGGGAGCCCCUAUGGCGUCCCCCAGUCGCCCUCCUCCAUCUCGUCCCUGCCGUCCCAUGCGCCGCUGCUCAACGGGCUGGAUUACGCCGUGGACAGUAACUUGGCUAUUGUGGCCCACGGCGGCCCGGGCGUCGGCCAGACGCUGCGAGCACUGACGGGUGGUCCCACCUCCGACAUCUCCACGGGGAGCAGCGUGGGCUACCCCGACUUCCCUACCAGCCCUGCCUCCUGGCUCGACGACAUGGAGCACCCACCCUUUUAGACUUGC